AUGAGCAUCACGGGAAAACACGGGAGCUUCGGGUCAAGCCAGGUCGCGGACGCAGGACCUGCGCUGUUUCUCCUACUCCCUCGCUGUCCCGCUCUCCUCUCUGGUGAAGCGCCAAAUCUGCCCUGCGCCGUAACUGCCGCUUCUUCCGCCGCUGCCGAAGCCAUGUGGGACGGCGAGGAGGAGGACGACGACAGAGUGUGCCACACGCGCGCGGAGUAUCGGGCGGGGAGGCGCGAGAGGGCUGUGCGCGUUUACACUGUGAACGAUGAGUCAAGAUACCUGAUGGUGCGCAACGUGCCGGCGCUGGGGUGUGUGGACGACCUGCUCCGGCUGUUCUCCGCGCAUGGGCCCGUUGAGGAGCACCGCAUGAUGGACGAGGAGGACGCCCCUCCCUUCACCGACGUCGUGUGGCUCAAAUUCACCCACCUCCACCACGCCAGGUUCGCAAAGAGAAAGCUGGACGAGUAUCCAUUCAUGGGCAGCGCAUUGAAAGUUUCGUACCUGCCCGGGCAUGAGGCGAUGGAGGACACGUGGGCGAAGCUGGAGGAGCGAGGGCGAAUCGUGGCCAUUCGUUGCCGACGGCUGGCGGAGGAGCAGGCGGGUUUGCAGACGGGUGGAGGGCAGGAUGACAGCAGGGCAAGGCACAGAGAGGCGCCCGCAGGGAUGGGUGACACUUUACCGGUGGCAGCAACAUCAACAGCAGCAGCUUCACCGGCAGCAGCGUUGGCAUCAAGAGCUGCAGCACCAGUAGCAGCAGCAGCAGCAGCAGCAGCAGCAGCAGGCAGCAUCCCGCCACUGGCACCCCUUCCUCCGCCGCGUCCCCAGGCACCAACCCUGCCUCUCCCUUCCGCCAUCCCCGCACUCACUCCACACUCUCGCCUGCAGCCCGCCCAGCCACAUCAGCAACCCACCCAGCCACAUCAGCAGCUCGCCCAGCCACAUCAGCAACACGUGGCAGCAGCUGGCACCAGCAGCGCCAUCAACACAGACAGCAGCAGCGACAUGAUCAUUGCAACGAGCAGCAGGGACGCCUGCAGCACCGCUGCCACCAGCAACACCCCUGGCAGCACCUUCGGCACCAGCACCAGCGACACCACCCCCCCACCCCACGCUCCAUGCUACUUCGGCGUUGCCUCCAUGGAUGCUGCUGUGGCCCGUGUGCGAUCGCACCUCGCUGUGCUGCACGCCCCACCACAUCCCCACAGCACCCCGCCUAUUGUAUGCCGCAUGUUCGCUCCCCCUAGCUCUGCGCUUGGCUCUCCUUACGCCCUGCCCUUCACUCGACCGUCUUCUUCUCCACCCCUUCCUUUUCCCCACCCGAUUUCCCCCUUCCUCUCCCCUUCCCCCCCUCCUCUCCCUACCCCCCUCCCCACAUCCUGCUCCAUUGGUUUGUCUGCGCCUUAUGAACGCUCCCACUGUCCUUUCCACUAUAUUCGUUCAGCAUAUCCCUUGUGCACAGCUGCCAUCUGCUCAGCAUGUCCCUUGCCGUGCGUCCCUUCCCCCACUUGUGUGUUCUCUCGCAUGCCAUCCGCCACUGCAGACAGACACAGCGAGGGACUGUCCGGCAUGGGAGCAUGGGAUAAGGAUUGCACACGAGCACCGUUCAGACGGCACAGAGCACACGCACGCCAGGGAGGCGCAUGGCAGCUGCCCUGCGAGUGUGGCGCAAGGCAUGGCAGGAGGGGAAUCGGAGGGUGUAGUCUCGCGCGCCGUCUGCCUAUCAUCCCCUCCGUCCCACUCAUCUCCAUCCCCGCACCACAUCACUCCACCUCCCGCUCCACUGCCAACCCUCCUUUCCCCGCAAUUCCUGCACCUUACGACCCACCCUGUCAUGUAACCUCUGCUUCCCCGUCCACCCCUCCGCCGCCUUCCCUCCCCAACUCGCCUCCCACUCCCCCGCCCCGCCUUCCCAGCCUCCCAGCCACCGGCGGGCAGUGGCCGCCCUUCUGGCUGCACGGGAAGCUUCCGCGAAAGAGCCCGAAGGGCGGCGCGCAGGAGCUGACGCUGUGCCGCGUGUACAAGGAGCGCACGUGCUGUGGGCGCGAGAACAGCGACCACGCCCUCAUCUCCACCCGGCGGCUGGUGGUGGGGGGGGAGCCCACGGACGACUGCAUUGCCAAGUGGGAGGCGCUGCAGUGUGCCACGUGUCACCCCCUCAUUGGCACCCAGCACGGGCCGCCCGCCAUUUGCAACUCGUUCUGUGACGCCGUCUUUUCUGCGUGUGGGUCGGCAUUUUUUGCAGCAGAUGGCACCUCCCAGCACAUCUUCCCCUGCGGCCGCCGCGACACGCUCUGUGCCCGGGCCGACUCUCUUGCUUCCUCCGGCCGCCAGUUCUGCCAGCUGGCGGGCUUUGAUUGGCUGCCCGACUCGCACGGGGCGGGGGUUCAGAGGGGAGGGGGGCGAGGGGAGGAGAUGGGGGGGAGAGAGGACGAGGAGGGGCAUGAGAGGGUGUGCUUUGACGGCACACUCCCUUCUGCCGCUGCUGUUGUGAGGGGGAGGCACAAGGGGGCCGGGAGGAAGGGGGAGAAGGGGAGUGGUGAGGAGGAGGAGGCGGAGGAGGAGGGCAGUGGGUGGUGGGAGCAGUGGGCGGGCGGAGAGGGGGGGAGGCCGUUUGGGGGCAGCGUGGUGUGGAUGGUGUGCGGCCUCGUGCUCACUGCUGGCCUCUCCUACAUGCGGUGGGUGGCGGCACGCAGCCGGCGCAGGAGGCUGUUUAUGGGGCUCGUCAAGCGGGUUGGGGGCGGGGGGCGGCAGCAACAGCUGGAGGUGGUGAGGGCGAGGCAGCAGAAGCAACUCGACGAGGCUGCGGCUACUGCUGCGUCCCCCACCUCUACCACCACUGCCUCCGCCGCUGCUGCCACGACCACUGCCCGCAGCACCGCAAGGCAGCCUCGCUAG